UCUCUCUCGCUGUCCGCGGAAAACCUUCCCAUCCUUUUACCUCCCUGGUCCCUAGGGCUGUGCAGGCUCUGCCCUCCAGGGCAGGGGCGGAUUGGGAAGAGUGAACUCUUGAACCGGGUUGCACCUGCGCGGGGGCGGGAGACAGGGUUCAGCCCUGAGAAGGAGGGGGAUUCUUGAAGAAAUCCAGCUUGUUAGUAAGACCGGGUCCAGGGCUGAGUGGAGAUGGGAGGAUGGAAGGGUGAGGGGUGAGAGCUGACUUCUGAGCAUUGUUUCUGUGCGGGGCAAUUGCAGACAAACUAGAACCUGGAAGAGGGUGCAAAUCCACCCUGAGGUCCCAGGUGGCUCCGAACCCUCUCCCAAGUGCCUCUUGCCGCCUGGAUGGAGCAGGGGCAGUGCUGUCAGGGGAAGUGGCUACUCCUGGCCCUGAAUGUGAACAGCCCAUCCUGGCUGCUUUCCACAGGAAACAUGACAGAACAGGAAGGAAGCAGAUGGGUGUGGAAGCAGGGAUGGGUGGCACAGGACGUCUGAAGGGGGUGGGAGGGCUGGGAACCAAUAUAACUGUUAAGAGUCCAAACCUUGUUCUCAACUCCACAGCUGAGUUUUAUAGAGGCCUGGGAUCUGGUGAGGACCUCCUGUGCCCUAGCUGCUGUCAAAAUCCAUCCUAGACCUCAAAGGCAACUUCUUCCUAGGACAUCCCCCAGUUUUUUAGUGUGACCUUAGACUUUGUCACCAAUGUCAGUGCCGAGCUCUGACUGGCCCCAUCAAGGGGAGAGCCUCACCCCUCCAGAGCCAGGUCCACCAGCCAACUCAGACAGUGACCCAGGCCACCUGCCAGACAAGCACCCUGAGGAGACUUCUGCGCAGGAUCCCGAAGUUCUGAGCUUGGGGCUCCCUUGCCUGGACACAGACGGGGCCUCCAUCUGGCCUGGGCUUCGGAUCCUCCUGCAGCAGCUGCCUCCGCAGGACAGUGAUGAACGCUACUGCCUGGCCUUUGAAGAGGAUGAGCUGGCCGAGCUGCGGCUCUUCUGUGCCCAGCGGAGGCGGGAGGCCCUGGGACAGGGGGUGGCCUGCCUGGUACUUUCCAAUCUGGUGGAACACACCUGUGAGAAGUGCAGGGAGCCGCUGAGGCCAGGGGAGUACGGAGUGUUCGCAGCCCGGGCAGGAGAGAGGCGCCGCUGGCACCCGGCUUGCUUUGCCUGCCAGGCCUGUGGCCAGGCCCUGAUAGACCUCAUCUACUUCUACCACGACGGGCAUCUCUACUGCGGCCGUCAUCACGCAGAGCUGCUCCGGCCCCGCUGCCCGGCCUGUGACCAGCUCAUCUUCUCCCGGCGCUGCACUGAGGCCGAGGGGCGGCGCUGGCACGAGAACCACUUCUGCUGCCAGGACUGCGCCGGGCCCUUGGGCGGGGGGCGCUACGCCGUGCCGGGGGGCGGCCCCUGCUGCCCCCGCUGCUUUGAGCGUCGCUAUUCGGCUGCCGGCUCCAGCCAGGCCCCGGCACUGGAAGGGAGGGCGUCCCCUGCAACAGGGGAGGCGGGCCUCGACGGAGCGGAGGACGCCGCGGCCGUCUCCCGAGCAGCCCUUCCCGCCGCUGCCUCCCGCUUCGGCCCGGAGGCCCGGAGAGGGCCGCUUCCAUCCAGCCCGGAGCAGGAAGAUCGAGCUGGGGACCGGACGGAGGCACCCCAAGGGCAGGAACGGGGCCGGCUGGAGAAGCCGCUCGACGCCAGGGAGGACGCCCCCUGCCCCACCUGCUCCUCCUCUUCGGACUCGGAACCCGAAGGCUUUUUCUUAGGCCAGCGCCUUCCCGGUCCCUGGAAGUCCCCCGGAAGCCUCCAGGCUGGGGACAGCGACACCUCCAGGAGACACUGCGCCAUUUGCUAGUGGCGCAGCCCGGGGAAGGGGAAGGGGCGCGUGAUCGGUUUGGUGGGAGAGCGAGGAUCUCCUCACCCUGUAAACAUCCUAGAUUGAACGCAGUCAGGGGCACCCCUGGGAGAGGCGGCCAGGUCACAAACUUGGAGUGCUCCUCUUAAGCCUGCGCAUCCUAAGCCUUCAGACGGAGACUUUCUUGGGGGAACCCCACCCCGCAAAGUUACGCGUCCCCUGCUGAGCUAGCCCCUAGGCCCACCCCCACGGCUGGGGCGGCCCCGCCCCAGCAUCUUCCUGAGCCAAUGAAGGGAGCACGCAGAGACCACGUGUGGCCGUGCCUAGGCGGGCAAGCCGCAGGCCUGGAGGGAGCUCCCCGCCUCGCGGAGCUCGUGGACGCGCAGCCCGGGACCUCUCGCUCUCCCCCGGGCCGCGGCGCCCCCUGCCGGCCCGUCGCCGGCGGAAGUGCGAG